UUUCUCUUAUUCUUUACAGAUAUUUGGUGUGUAAAUAUUAAGCUGAAAAAGCAAUGUUGUUGAAAGGCAAAAACUAACACAAAAUUUGAUACAUACUAACUCAAGGCGCUUUCCAAAAAAAAAAAAGAUAUAAACAUUAAAUCUAGCAAAUAGUAUGAGUGCCAUAAAUAGUAAGAAAAAUUUAUUUAAAUUUUUUAUUUAUAUCUAACAACACUUUUUGAUCACACACAAGAAAAAUGAAAAGAAAAACAGAAAAAUUGUAAAAUAUGUCUAAAACAUGCUACACAUAAUAGGCCAAAUAAGGAAGAACAUGAGUAUUAAUGUGAAAAUCCUCUUAACAUUAAGCAAUGUUCUAACAAUUAUGCACAACACUUAGAUUAGACCAGACAUAUACACAGAAAGAAAAAGGAAAAAAAUAAAGCUAACAACAAUACAAAAUACGAAAAAAAGGAGAUACAACAAGCAAAGUUGCAUUUAAAUUUAGAGAAUUUUUUAUAGAAAUACUAAAACAAGCACCAAAAAACAAAAAAAGAAAAACUUUUUAGUUGUAUUAUGCAAAUAAAUAUAAUAAAUACCGGUCCAACAAUGGCUGCAUCAGAGCCACCAGAACCACCACCGCGUAAUCCGGAGCGUAUUAAUGCAACAUUACAUAAACUUGCUGAAUCUAAAAAUAUUAAAUCAUUAGAUUCAUCAGUGUUAAAUGAUAAAACAGUCAACAACAAUAAACCAUUGAAAACAAUUUUAUCACUGGAUACAGCAACAUCAGCAACUACUGUUGCUAGUGGCAACGCAACAACCGGAAAACUACAUACAACAGUAAAUAACUUACCAUCACCAUCUGGUCCAGCUGGGACAAUAGCAGCAUCUGCUACAGGUUUAUAUUUUAAUAAACAACAACAUAAAAUUCAGCAACAGCAACAGCAACAAAAUGAUUUAACUCCCAGUGGUGGUGAGAGUUCAACAUCACCGUUGAGUUCAAAUGGUAGCAAUCAUACGCUAACCUCACCAAUGACUAUUGAACAUCAGCAACAACAACAACUACAUCGUAUAAAUUAUCAAACAACAGCCGCAGCAGGAACAACAACAUCAGCCGCAGCAGCAGCAACGUUAAUUAAAGGUAAUAGUGGUAGUGGUGGUGGCCUAGAAACCACAUCAGUUGCAUCACAUAUGACACAGCAGCAAAAUGGUAGUGGCCAACGUGGUAGUGGCGUUGGUGGCCUAUUAACUGAACAACAACAACAGCAGCAUAAUCUCCAACUACAACAAUUGAAUAAUCAUCAUUUAAUUAAUGGCGGCAGUACAGUAGCAACAAACACAACAACAUCAGCAGCAACCGGAAGUAGUGGUAGCAGUCUUGGCUCCUCAAGUAAUAACAGUAAUCAUAGCAACAGUUUAAGUGGCUCGAAUGCCUUUAAUAUCAAUAACUUAAUUACCACACAUUCAACAACAGCAGCAUUAACUGCCACACAUAAUUUACAAACAUCAUUAGACAUAUAUAUCUAGGGAACCUUAAUAUCCUGUGGUCAUAAACAGUUGAGAGAAACAUGUUAAAUGCUUUAAAGACAGCGAGGUGGCGAAUUUAACCUCAGGUUGCUAGGG